UUCUCUUCCCCGUCACACCAAAUCGCCGAUGAGAGAGGAGCUGAAGAAUACAGACUUUUCGCUUUUGUAAAGAGAACCAAGAAAAAAAAAGCAGACUUAUUCUGUGUCUACCAUUUUUAUACACAAACCCUCUCUCUCUCUCUCUCUCCUUACUGCCAAAACCUUGUUACCGUUGUGGGUUUUUGGUUAGGGUUCUGUUGAUUGCCGGUCAGAACGGUAUUUGACGGAGAAUUUUCCAGUCAGAUUCUAGAUAACUGUCAUGGAGGGAGAAUCGCCACCAGGAGAAGUAGUGAGCAUUAGGUUUGCUCUCGCUAGUCAUAAUGAAAUUUGUACAGCUUCUAUAAGCGAGUGCCCCAUUAGCCAUGUAAGUCAGCUCUCUAACCCGUUUCUCGGGUUACCUUUAGAAUGUGGAAAGUGUGAAUCUUGUGGCACUUCCGAACCGGGCAAAUGCGAAGGCCAUUUUGGGUAUAUUGAGCUACCAACACCAAUAUAUCAUCCCGGUCAUGUUAGUGAGCUGAAGCAUUUGCUCAGUCUGUUGUGCUUGAAAUGCCUGAAGAUGAAGAAAGCUAAGAGCUCAAGUGGCGGUCUGGCGGAGCGUUUAUUAGCUGCCUGUUGCGAGGAAGCUUCGCACAUUUCAGUAAGAGAUGCGUCAUCAGAAGGUGCAUGUUACCUAGAACUGAAGCUCCCGUCUAGGUCGAGACUUCAGGAUGGUUGCUGGAAUUUUCUGGAGAGAUAUGGUUAUCGCUACGGCAAUGACCACAUUCGGCCCCUGCUUGCCCGCGAGGUGAAGGAAAUUUUAAAAAGAAUCCCGGCAGAGACAAGAAAAAAACUUGCUGCAAAGGGAUAUUUUCCGCAAGAAGGAUAUAUAGUAGAGUACUUGCCAGUCCCUCCUAAUUGUUUAUCAGUGCCAGAUGUGUCUGAUGGUUUCAUCUCUAUGUCCUCAGAUCCUGCUAGAAGCGAGUUAAAAGAUGUUUUGAAGAAAGUCAUAGCAAUAAAACAUUCUAGGUCUGGUGAGACCAAUUUUGAAUGCCAUAAGAUAGAGGCCGAUGACAUCUACAAAGCAGUGGCUAAGUAUCUCGAAGUCAGGGGGACUUCAAAAACUACAAGGAACAUAGAUAUGAGGUACGGUGUUACCAAAGUUUCUGACGUUUCUUCUACAAAAGCUUGGUUGGAGAAAAUGAGGACACUGUUCAUAAAAAAAGGUUCUGGUUUCUCCUCCCGAAGUGUCAUCACCGGUGAUGCUUAUAGGAGAGUCGACGAGGUUGGGGUCCCAUAUGAGAUUGCCCAAAGAAUGACCUUCGAGGAGAGGGUUAGUGUCCACAACCUAAGGUAUCUGCAAGAAUUGGUAGAUAACGGGUUGUGUUUGACAUACACAGAGGGUUCUACCACCUACUCUCUUAGAGAUGGUUCCAAAGGGCACACUCUGCUGAAACCUGGGCAGAUUGUACAUCGAAAGAUCAAGGAUGGAGAUGUCGUUUUCAUAAAUCGGCCACCAACGACUCAUAAGCAUUCGCUUCAAGCGCUUCGGAUUUAUAUCCAUGAAGACCAUACAGUAAAGAUCAACCCUCUAAUUUGUGGACCACUGAGUGCAGAUUUUGAUGGUGAUUGUGUUCAUCUCUUCUAUCCUCAAUCUCUGGCGGCAAAGGCAGAAGUUAUGGAGCUUUUCUCUGUGGAAAAGCAAUUGCUUAGCUCACAUAGUGGUCAGCUUAAUUUGCAGCUGGGCUGUGAUUCAGUGCUCGCCUUGAGGGUUUUAUUUGAACGGCUAUUUCUGGAUAAAAUAGCUUUUCAACAGUUAGCCAUGCUUGGUUCUCAUUCUUUCCUACCACCAGCCCUUAGAAAGUGUGGUAAUGCAGGCCCUCUCUGGACAGCCCUUCAGGUUCUACAACUUGCCUUACCUGAGCGUCUGAGCUGCAGAGGUGACAGGUACUUAAUACAAGGAAGUGAUUUAUUGGAGUUCGAUUUUGGAUCUGAAGCAAUGGCUUCCGUAAUCAAUGGGAUAGUGGCUUCCAUUGUGUCAGAGAAGGGUCCAAAGGAGGCACUUCGAUUCUUUGAUUUGUUGCAGCCUUUGUUAAUGGAACAUCUUUUUGCUGAGGGCUUUAGCGUAAGCUUGGAAGACUUAUCCAUGUCUGAGAAAGACAUGAAAGUUAUCCAUCGUAUUAUCCAGGAUAUUGUUCCUGUUUUGUCUCGCUUGAGGCUGAGCUACGAGGAUGAACUGCAACUAGAGAAUAGCUUCCAGCGUGUGAAGGGUGUAGCCGCUAACUUUAUGCGGAAAUCUUAUUCUCUACGAAACUUGAUUGACUUCAAGAGUGAUUCAUCCAUCAACAAGUUGGUACAGCAAAUAGGUUUCUUGGGCCUUCAGCUUUCCGAUAAAAAAAAGUUCUACACGAAGAAUCUGGUCGAAGACAUGGCUCAUUUUUGUCAGACAAAGUACCCUAAGGUCUCCUCCUCUGGUGAAUUUGGGUUAGUGAAGAGCUGCUUCUUUCAUGGGCUGGAUCCUUAUGAAGAAAUUACUCAUGCCACUGCAGCUAGGGAGGUCCUUGUUCGCUCUUCAAGGGGUUUAGCUGAGCCAGGCACCCUAUUUAAGAAUUUGAUGGCUGUUCUCCGAGACAUUGUGGUUUCCUAUGAUGGAACUGUGAGAAACACUAGCAGUAACUCUGUUGUGCAGUUCAAGUAUGAGAACAAAUCUGAACAUGGGUGUCAGAGCAUGUUUCCGGCAGGAGAACCUGUUGGAGUUUUGGCAGCCACUGCAAUGUCAAACCCUGCCUAUAAAGCUGUGCUUGAUUCUACUCCAAAUAGUAAUUCUUCUUGGGAGCUAAUGAAGGAAGUCCUGCUUUGUAAAGUCAAAUUCCAGAACACAUGUAAUGACCGGCGAGUAGUUUUGUAUCUAAAUAAAUGUCGCUGUGGAGGAAAGUAUUGCCAGGAAAAAGCUGCUUCAACUGUCAUUACCCAGUUGAAGAAGAUUAGUCUUAAAGAUGCUGCAAAGGAGUUCCUGGUUGAGUACAAAAAGCAACAAACUAUUUCGGAGAAUUUUGGGCUUGAUUCCUGCCUUCUCGGACACAUUCAUCUGAAUAAGAUGAUGUUGCAAGAAUUGAACAUCAGUAUGCACGAGGUUCUCCAGAAGUGUGAGGACAAAAUUAAUGCAUUGGGGCAGAAGAAGAAGAAGAAAGCUGAUGACCUUAAGAGAACAACUUUGUCUGUCAGCGAGUGCUGCUUUUUUCCGGAAUCAUGUGCAGGCAAGGACUCUGAUGUGUCAUGCUUGACGUUCACCUCUCAUAACCCAGCUGAUCCUGAUUUAGAAAGAACACUUGAUGUUCUUUGCAAUACAAUCUACCCAGUACUGUUGGAAACAGUGAUCAAAGGCGAUCCACGGAUUUGUUCGGCAAACAUCAUCUGGAAUAGUCCAGAUAUGACGACGUGGAUUCGGAAUCGUCAUGCAAAUCGUUGGGGGGAAUUGGUCUUGGAUAUCACCGUUGAAAAAUCUGAUGUCAAACAAUCUGGUGAUGCAUGGAGGAUUGUGAUGGACUCUUGUAUUCCGGUGCUUCAUCUUAUAGACACCAAACGUUCAAUCCCUUAUGCAAUAAAGCAAGUGCAAGACUUGCUUGGAAUAUCAUGUGCUUUCGAGCAAGCAGUUCAGCGUCUCUCAGCUUCGGUGAGAAUGGUUUCCAAAGGAGUGCUAAAGGAACAUCUCAUUCUCCUGGCAAACAUAAUGACUUGUUCAGGGAAUAUGUUGGGAUUCAACUCAGGAGGUUACAAGGCUUUGACCCGAUCGCUAAACAUCCUGGCUCCUUUCACAGAAGCUACAUUGAUUACGCCAAAGAGAUGUUUUGAGAAAGCGGCUGAGAAGUGUUAUAAAGAUCCUUUAUCAACAGUUGUUGGGUCCUGUUCUUGGGGAAACCGUGUUGCUGUUGGUACGGGUUCGCGGUUUGAUCUCUUAUGGAACCAGAAAGAGGCUUAUCUGAACGACGACGGAGGAAUAGAUGUGUAUAACUUUCUCCACAUGGUCAGAUCUGGCACGAAUGGAGAUGUAAAUGCUUCUUCCCCCGGUUUUGAUGUUGAUGAUUUUGUUACAGAAGGAGAAAUGGCUGAAUGGGCCGAAUCUCCCGAGCGAGACUCUGCUCUUAAAUUUGAGGACAGUGGCGAUUUCCAAAAUAUACUCGAUGAAGGUCAGCCAGCUGGAUCUAACUGGGACAAAGUUUCUGCUGGAGAAGACAAUGGAUCGUGGGGAGGUAAAACAGACUGGGGAAGCAGUAAAACUGCAGAUCGCGAUCAGACAACGAGCUCUGGUGGUUGGGAGAAAGGUACUGAUGUCGAUAAGGAGGAUACCUGGUGUAGUUGGAAGAGUAACAACAAGUCAGAUGCUCAAGAACCCUCCAAGUCAGGUGCAUGGGAAGAACCGGUCGAUGGUUGGGGUUCAAAGCCAAAGGAUGAUAAUAGAAACACAUCGAGCUGGGUAACACAUGCAACUGAAAUGGAUUCUUUCUCCGUGAAAGAGGAUGAACCCAGCUCUGAUCCAUGGGGUUCAAAGCGAAUGGAUGACAAUACAAACACUUCGAAGUGGGGAACAAAUGCGAAUAAUAAGGAUUCUUCUGCUACGGAAGAGGAUGGGCCCGGGUGUGAUGCCUGGGGCUCAAAAUCUGUUUCAGAUAUGUCUUGGGGCCAAAAGAAGUCUGAGUCUGCACCAAAAGAUUGGAAUUCUGAGAGAGAUGCAAGUACUGAUGUUUGGGGCCAGAGAGGCAGUCCUAGGAACAAUGAAAAAGAGAGCAAUACUUGGAGCAUCAGCCCAAAAGAGCCAAAUGCCACUGAAGGCACCUACCAAAGCGACAAAGAAGCUUGGGGUGUUUCAAAGGAGUCAACUUGUGCUUGGAACCAGCCAAGUAGCGGAAAUGCUUGGCAACAAUCCAGAAAAGAAUCAAGUGCUGAUGCUUGGAAUCAGCUAAAUUCUGGUAAUGAUGGGCAUACUUGGGAGAAGUCAACUGAGAGAAGUGGAAAUUCAAACGGGUUAUCUUGGGGUGAGCCAGAGAAAGGAGAAGAGAACCGAAACGACGAUCUUUGGGCUUCAAGAAAAGAGCCAAGCCCUACUGCUUGGAACUCAUCAAACAAACACGAUAUCAAUGAGGAUGACAAAAAUCCAUGGGUUUUGCCGGAAGAUAGCGACAAAGGUGAUACCAAUGAAAAUGAGAAAUUCCAAUGGGGAUCGUCCAAAAGAUACCCAUCUGAUGGCUCACGGGGUGGCUGGUCUAAGGGUAAUUCAGACUGGAAAGGAAAGAGCAACCGUCCUCCUCGGCCACCUGGAACCGGUAAUGGAGAUAAUCUGGCUCCUAUGUUUACAGCCACAAGACAAAGAUUAGAUAUGUUCACUUCCGAGGAGCAAGAUAUUCUCGCAGAUGUUGACCUGAUCAUGAAGACUGUUCGCCGUAUAAUGCAUCAAUCUGGGUACACGGAUGGUGACCCGAUUCCAGCGGAGGACCAAGCAUUUGUUCUUGAGAAAGUUUUGAACUUCCAUCCAGACAAAGCGUCGAAGCUUAGUGAUGGCGUCGAUUUUAUCACGGUGGACAAGCACACAUCCUUCCAAGACACGAGGUGCUUCUUCAUUGUCUCAACCGACGGGUCGAGAAAAGAUUUCUCCUACAAAAAGUGUCUUGAUAACUUCAUCAAGGAGAAAUACCCUGACUUGGCCGAGGAAUUCAUCUCUAAGUACUUCAGGAAGCCUCAUCCUGGCGGAAACCGAGACAGAUCCCAACAAGAAGCCUCACCUAAAAAACCCGCCUGUGAAGAGCAAAACUCCAUGGCAGAAGUCCCGGGAUGUCCCACCGGAGAAGAAGAGACUUUGCAGUAAACUUGGAAAGCUUUAUUUUAGGUCUCACCAUUCAUCAUCUGCUAUGUUAUUUUGCUUUUGUACAUAAAGAGCAGAGAAGGAAGAUGUAUGGUCCAUUUUGAGUUAGCGUUUUGGUAAAUAACCAAACCAGUUAAGUGUUAAUACAUUUUCUGACAAAAUGGUUUAGGGUUUAGAUCAACAGACCCCCACCCAAUGUUCUAUUUGUUUUGCAAAUAUUAUUUAUCAUCUUUGUUGAUGUUGAGAUCAGAGUGGAUAAUACCGUCUGGUUCUUGA